CUUGUUUCAGAGGCUGAUAGUAUGUCUUGUUUCAGAGGCUGAUAGUAUGUCUGGAGGAGUCUCUUUACGUCCACAACAUCAGAGACAUGAAGGUCCUGCACACCAUCAGAGAGACGCCUCCCAACCCCUCAGGGUUGUGUGCACUCUCCAUCAGUAAUGACAACUGUUACCUGGCCUACCCCGGCAGCGCUACCAUAGGAGAGGUCCAGGUGUUCGACACGGUGAACCUGAGGGCCGCCAACAUGAUCCCAGCCCAUGACAGUCCGUUAGCAGCUCUGGUGUUUGAUGCUAGCGGAACCAAACUGGCCACAGCCUCGGAGAAGGGUACGGUGAUUCGUGUGUUCUCCAUCCCUGAGGGACAGAAACUGUUUGAGUUCCGUCGAGGAGUCAAAAGGUGUGUGUCUAUCUGUUCCCUGGCCUUCAGUAUGGAAGGUCUCUACCUGUCAGCAUCCAGCAACACUGAGACGGUCCACAUCUUCAAACUGGAGAUUCAGAAAGAGAAGCCAGCGGAGGAGCCGACCACAUGGGGUGGUUACUUUGGGAAGGUGCUGAUGGCAUCGACCACCUACCUGCCCUCUCAGGUGACCGAGAUGUUCACUCAGGGACGAGCCUUCGCCACCGUACGACUGCCCUUCUCUGGACACAAGAACAUCUGCGCUCUGGCCCUGAUCCAGAAGAUUCCUCGUCUCCUGGUCGCAGCAGCUGAUGGAUAUCUGUACCUCUAUAACCUGGAUCCACAGGAUGGAGGAGAGUGCUCACUGAUGAAACAACACAGGUUAGACGGCGGUGCUGAGCCGCCCAAUGAGAUCCUGGAACAGGGGUCACAUGACCGACCCCUUACCACACAGACCUACAACACUGCUGGGAUGAAAGGUUACUGUGAGGAGGCAGGUGCAGUGGGAGGGGCGGGACUAGAGGAUGACCUCAGUGAUCUACGAUUGGACGAUGAGAAUGAGGAGCAGCCACCACUCAUCCUGGAGACGGACUGACUGACAGCCGGAGCAACCAAUCAGAGAGCACCUCUGGUGCUGCUAGGAACAUGUGACAUGGAGGGUGGAAUUAAAAACUCUCAGCGUUC